AAACACUCACUGCUUAAGUAUUAUUACUACUGCACUAGCUUGUUUAAUUUACUACGGGUUAUAUAUGGCGAAACUUCAAAGUGUUGCACUUCUGGCUUGCAUGGUAGUACUCUUGCACGUGCAUGCAGGUGGCGCUAUUACGUGCUCCGAGGUGCAAAACGAUCUGAUGCCAUGCAUUACCUAUAUCAUGGGUGGGGCUAGCGGCGUUACCCCCAGCUGCUGCGACGGCGUUAGAAAUCUCAAAAACGCUGCCGCCACCGCUGACGACCGUCGGGCCGCAUGCCAGUGCUUGAAAUCAGCUGCGGGAUCCAUCCCUGCCGGUGCUGACGUCGGCACCGCCGCCAAGAACUUGCUACGACAGUGUAAUGUCAAGCUUCCUUACAGGAUCAGCGUUUCCACCAACUGCGAUAAGAUCAAUUGAGAGUUCAUGAGCAGUUGAGAAGUUCCUCCGUUCAAACACCGUGCUAGGAUAUAUAUGUGUGUGUGCUAAGCCAUGUUUUGCAAUAAUUGGAAGGGAACUUUCCCGGACAGUGUUUAUAUUUCAUUUCACGAUGAAACUUAUGUUGUACGGAGGUGUUAAAUUAUAUAUCCUAAUGAAGUUUAUCGCGUGUUCAUUUGUGUUUA